CGAGGAAUACACAGCCACUGGGAUUAUGACAUCUGAAUUAUGCUCUCACACAGCGGAGGCGCACACUGAAGGGACUUAUUGACACACGCGGAGAUAAAAGUCUGAAGAAAACCACAGAAGAAGAAGAAGCAGACUUCUAGCCUGGGAGGAGGAGGAGAGAAGGGAUUUGUGUUCCUCUGUUGUGAAUGUGCACGUGUCCUCAGACAGUGUGACUGAGCAGAGAGGCGGGGCGUCACUGGAUUUCGGGGCAGACCUUUGCGUCACACACUGAUGAUGGAGAGGAGGAGGAUGGACGCAGCGCUGCUGGUGCUGUUCCUGGGACACCUCGCCGCCGCGUUGGAGGUCCCACUAGACCUUCUGGAAGGAUUGCCGCAGCCGCCGACCAUAACUCACCAAUCCCCCAAGGAUUACAUCAUCGACCCGCGAGAGAAUAUUAUAAUCCACUGCGAGGCGAAGGGGAAGCCUCACCCCAGUUUCUCCUGGACUAGAAACGGGACCCACUUUGACAUCGAUGAGGACCCCAAUGUGACCAUGAAGCCCCACUCCGGGACCCUGGUGGUGGACAUCAGCAGGGCGAAGGCUGAACAGUACGAGUGCGUGUACCAGUGCACGGCGAGGAACAAACAUGGAACUGCCGUUUCCAACAACAUAGUCGUUCGACAGUCCAGGUCCCCCUUGUGGUCAAAGGAGAAAAUCAAGCCAAUCGUUGUUCAGGAGGGUGUGUCCUUGGUGCUGCCGUGUCGACCCCCCGUCGGCCUGCCUCCUCCGAUCAUAUUCUGGAUGGACAAUUACUUCCAGAAGCUGCCUCAGAGCAGCAGGGUGUCCCAGUCCCUCAACGGAGACCUUUACUUCGCCAACGUCCUUCGAGAGGAUUCAAGGAACGACUACAUCUGCUACGCCCGCUUCCCAUACACACAAACCAUCCAGCAGAAACAACCAAUCACUGUCAAGGUCCUAAACAUGGAUGCAAUCAAUGACACAAUGGCAGCUUUUUACAAUGACACUGAUUUGUUUAGUGAGGAGCCAGCAGAUGAGAGGAAGCCAACCUUUCUCGUCCCAUCUGGCCCCUCCAGUUCCAAGACAGUGUUGAGAGGACAGGUGCUGGAGAUGGAGUGUAUUGCCGAAGGACUGCCCACCCCUGAAAUCUCCUGGACCAAAGUGAGCGGCGUCCUACCAGCCAAGCGCACAUCUUUCCUCCACUACCAGAGGACCCUUCGCAUUGUGAACGUGUCAGAGUCAGAUGCUGGAGAUUACCGCUGCACCGGCCGGAACCAACUCGGCUCGGUGCACCACACCAUCCACGUCACGGUCAAAGCUGCUCCAUAUUGGAUCAGCGGCACUCCUAGGAACCUUGUUCUAGCACCGGGAGAGAAUGGAGUGCUGACCUGCAGGGCCAGUGGCACGCCCAAGCCCUCCAUCACCUGGGCCAUGAAUGGCAUCCCCAUUGAGAAUUCCCCUAAGGAUCUCAGCAGAAAGGUUGAGGACGACACCAUCAUCUUCACCGACGUGCAGACUGGAUCCAGCGCCGUCUACCAGUGCAAUGUCUCCAAUGACUACGGCUAUCUCCUCUCCAACGCCUUCGUCAAUGUGCUCUCCGAGCCGCCCAGAGUGCUGACACCAGCCAACAAAGUGUACCAGGUCAUCAAAAAUCACCGGGCUCUGAUGGACUGCGCUUCCUUUGGGUCACCCAUCCCUAAAAUUGAAUGGUUCAAAGACAGUCGGUCCAGCACCCUGGAUGGAGACCCGUACAUCCAUCAUGACAAUGGGACUCUAGAGAUUCAGGUAGCUCAAGCCGUCAACAGUGGGAAAUACACCUGUGUGGCCAGGAACAUGCUCGGUAUCUAUGAGAACCACAUCUACCUGGAGGUCAAAGAGCCCACCCGGAUCCUGAAGCAGCCAGAGUACAAAGUGGUCCAGAGGGGCAGGUCCGCGGUGUUUGAGUGUAAGGUGAAACACGACCCAUCACUCAUCCCCACCAUGACCUGGCUCAAAGACGACGGAGAGCUGCCUGAUGAUGAGAGAUUAAUCGUGGACUCUGACAGCCUCACCAUCACGGAUGCGACGGAGAAUGAUGCCGGCGUGUACACCUGCAUCAUGAACACCACGCUGGACCAUGACUCCGCCAGCGCUGAGCUCACUGUUGUCGAGGCCACGCCAACACCAGCUGUUCUCUCCGAGCGACCUGAUGCCCCGACUGACCUCGAGCUGACGGAUCAGAAAAAGAGGAGUGUUCAGCUCACUUGGACUCCUGGGGAUGAACAUAACAGCCCUAUUCAGAAAUUUCUGAUCCAGUAUGAAGACAUACUUCACCACCGUGGCCACUGGCACAAUCUUACCGAGGUGCUUGGAACAAAGACGACAGCUCACCUCAAACUGUCGCCCUACGUCCACUACACCUUCAGAGUUCUGGCCCUCAACGCCGUCGGUUUCAGCCGGCCCAGUUUCCCCUCCAGGAUGUUCAAGACUGAAGCUGCAGCUCCAGAUGAGAACCCGACAGGCAUACAGGGAUUUGGAACAGAGCAUGAUAAUCUUGUUAUCUCAUGGAAGCCGCUGACCAGCCUCCAGUCUAAUGGUCCAGGGCUUCACUAUAAGGUGAUGUGGAGGCAGAAGACGGUGGACAGUGAAUGGACCACGGUGACUGUGGCCAACACCUCCAAGUUUGUUGUGUCUGGAACGCCCACAUUUGUUCCAUACGAGCUAAAAGUUCAGGCUGUGAACGACCACGGAGCGGGACCCGAGCCUGUUAUUGCCCACGGCUACUCCGGAGAAGACUUGCCAGUAGCAGCUCCAGAGAAUGUCCAGGCAGUGGUGAGGAACAGCACUGUGGCUGAUGUACACUGGGAUCCUGUGCCCUCUAAAUUAAUACGAGGGCAUCUUAAAGGCUAUAAGGUGUACUACUGGAAAGAACGCAAUCUGCACAAACACAACCCCCAUCACUCAGAUCAGCAGGUCCUGACCUUCAGUGGGAACCACACCCACGGCAUGCUGCCCGGGCUGCACCCCUUCAGCCUCUACUCUUUCAAUGUCAGAGUUUAUAACGGCAAGGGAGAGGGCCCCGCCAGCCUGACCCAGCAGUUUGAGACACCUGAAGGAGUGCCUGGGCCUCCGACUUCCCUGAUAGUCACCAACCCCAACCUGGACUCUCUAACCCUGGAAUGGAAUCCCCCUCAUGUCCAUAAUGGACGCAUCACCGGCUACACCCUCAAAUAUCAGCCAGUCAAUAACUCCAAUGAGCUGGGCCCAGUGGAGGAGCUGGCCCUGCCCCCCAAUGAGACCUCAUACACUUUGCCCAACCUCAAGUACAGCACGCGCUACAAGUUUUAUUUGAAUGCGAAAACGGUCAUGGGAGCAGGCCCAGCCAUUUCUCAGGAAGCUAUCACCAUCAUGGACGAAGCCCUUAUAUCACAGCCUGGCAUAGAUGUGGGCGCAGGAAACACCCAAACCUCUCAUCCCAUUGCACAGUCGCCUUCACUCCGUCCGCCCCGCAAGGCGCUGCCUGUGAGUCCUUUUGUGAACGUAAACUCCUCGGUCGGAGAGAGCGGGGCCCUGAUCAGUUGGGAGUACUGGGGGCCGGAGAAUAACAUUUAUGUAGAAUACAAAAACCAAAACAGUGAAGCUGAAGAGGAGUGGCAGAAAAAGCUUGUGAACGGCUCUCAGACCUAUAUGCUGAAGGAAUUAAAGGGGGGCAUCUCCUAUAGGGUGCGUUUGGUGGCCAAAGGUCACCACGACCAGCCGCUCCACCUCUCUAAGGAGCUGGUGGUCACGGUCCCAGCUGUGGCGAGCAGACAGGUGGACAUCGCCACUCAGGGAUGGUUCAUCGGCCUCAUGUGUGCCAUCGCUCUGCUCAUCCUGAUCCUCCUCAUUAUCUGCUUCAUCCAGAGGAAUAAGGGAGGGAAAUACCCCGUCAAAGAGAAGGAGGACGCACACACAGAUCCAGAGUUUCAGCCCAUGAAAGACGAUGACUGUACUUUUGGGGAAUACAGUGACAAUGAGGACCAUAAACCGUUAAAAGGGAGCCGCACGCCAUCUAAUGGGACAGUUAAGAGAGACGACAGUGACGACAGUUUAGUUGACUACGGGGAAGGAGGAGACGGACAGUUCAACGAGGAUGGCUCGUUUAUCGGCCAGUAUAGUGGAAAGAGUGCCAGCAGGGACACUGCUGAGGGCCACGAGAGCUCGGAGGCCCCAUCCCCUAUUAAUGCCAUGAACUCCUUGAACUCAUUUGUGUAGCCUAGCAGACCAGUAUGAGGUGGUGCACUGACUGCUCUAUCCACCCCACCCUCCACCCCCCCCCACAUUGCUCCAACACGGCAUGGCUUUACGAUCACAUCUCCAUCCCCAGCAGCACCGCACAUGACACACGAAAGAAAUCAGAUCGAAGACAUUUAAAAUCUUCACGGAGAGGCUUCGAAACAAACGCGGCAUCUAGGAAGGAAGCAGCUCAAACCUGACAUUUUGAUUUUAACUGUGCAUGAAGUACCUGAUAUGAACCUAAAUCCAUAUAUUAAUUAACACUGAUAUUAACAAGUGUUGCAUUCUUACCACAAAUCUCUUAUGGACUAUGCAGUGCUCAUCUGAACUAUAUUUGUUUUUGUUAUUGGUUAUUAUAUUGUCUACUAUGUUCAAAUAGUAAUCCGUGUCUACAGUAAACAACAAUUAUUCAGUGUAUUUUGUUUUCUCCGGCACAAGCUUGUACAGGAAUCUGUAUUUAAUCAUGUAAUUCCGUCAUGCAUUGACAGUGCACGAGGCAGGUCAUGUACAGUGUAUAUAUAUAAAGUGAACUAUCCGUAAACUGAACAUUGGGAGCAGUGCACACCGCAUGCGUCGACACAUCCUCAUCUGCCGCCACCCUGUUGUGAAUGAUCUGACUGCCCGUAUGAUGAAGGGAGCUGCAUGGCAUGUCACGUGACCUCACAACCUUUGCCCUGCAUGUAACCUCCUUUAAUCGAGUUUGAUCUGAAGGACGGUGGGGGGAGAACGGGACGCUGAGGGUGAGACAGCUCGCCUCAUCCCCCAGCUCCUUCAAUAGGUAUAGUGCCUUUUCUCCAAAACAACGAUUCAGUUGUGAAGUCUCUUUCCACAGCUCAGUGACUGGAGCAGAGAGAGAGAGAGUAGUAGGACUGCAGAAGUCACAUCCAAGGAUGGAUGAGAUAAGCUUAAGAAGAGGACUCUGUGGAUGUGAGGAAUUAUUCAUAUACUCCUGUCAUCUCUCUUUUUUAAAGACGCCUCCCAACGCCUUGAGACACGGGGACUGGCUUUGAUUCCUCCAACGAGCUAAACGCACCCACAUAAAACAUUGUUCAAAAAAAAACUGUGUGUGGUACACUCCUCAAAGUCUGCCGUCAUUAUGUACAGUACCCGAUUGUAUAUCUGCAGUGUGUGAAUGUAUGGAUGUCUGUGAGUGUGUAGGCGUGUGUGUGCAUUAUUCAAUUCCUAUUAGGCUUAAAAAAAAAUCGUUCACUUGUACUAACUACACUUGAGGGCCUUUGGAUGGGAUCAAGAUUUCUUUUCUCUUAACUUGCAUCAAGUUUUUUUUUUUUUUUAAAGACGUGUAGAAUAUUUGUUUAAUUUGUAAAUACCUUCAUUGAUUGUACAGGGACAAGCAGCUUAUGAGGCAGCCUAAGAGGCAAUAUUGUGCAUGAUAUGGUUUAACCUGUUGAUAGGACUGUAUUAAAUAUAGAGUACUUGUAGAGAAUAUAUAUAUAUAUAUAUAUUCUUUUUUUUCUUGCUGUGCACAGUGUACAUUGUACUGUAACUAACUGGACAGAAAAUUGCAUAUACAUUUGAAUUCAGAUUGUUUUUCUGAUUUGCUUGUCGGCGAGUUACAUAACUUUUGAAUUGUACAAGAACACGUAGGAUAUAGCGACAGCAUUAAUUGAUGCACAGAAUUAUAUUAUUCUGACUUGUAUUGGUUCUACGCAGUCCCAGUAUACUGCCAAAACGAUGCUUUUUUCUGACAGUAUUGCAAAUGGUUUUGUAUUUAAGAAACAGAUUUGUACUAACAAAUACUUUCUUUGUCUCUAUUUAAGUUUCUCCUUUUAGUGCAAGUAUGAAGUUCAAGCUACUGGAAAUAUAAUGAAUGAAUAAAUAAUUA